AAUGUCAUUGCCAACUACGAAAUGUGUCUUUGUGCUUCCGCCCACGUUCGGGUAGUUCAAAGACCUCCAUGAGAUUUUGAAGGUAGAUGUGAGGGCGGGAUUGGGCUAUGGGCGACCGUCGUCACCUUUAACGAAUCAUGUACCUCACCCGCUGGCGAAGCGCCUCAACGCAAUCAACAGACAGUCUCGAGUUCAGACAUGGCCCACUCAAGAGCAACAAGACUGGCAUGCGGCUUGCCCAGAUCCAACCUGGAACGGGCAACAAGGGCAUCGCCAUCGACCUCAUUGACUCUUUCGUAUCAGGCCCAGGACAUGUCCCCUAUGAUGCCCUUUCCUAUGCGUGGGGAAACAACGAGCGCACGAAAAUGAUCAGCUGUAACGGUCGACGACUGGCGAUAACGCAGAACCUGCUCGAAGCACUGCACCGCUUCCGGGAACCGGACCGCGUCGUUACCAUCUGGAUUGAUCAAAUCUGCGUCUGCCAGGAGCGCAUCAAAGAACGCAAUCAGCAGGUCCAGCUGAUGGGCAAGAUCUUCAAGCGUGCGCGCAAGGUCAUCGUGUGGCUCGGUGAAGACGACGAGGACAGCAGAGCUGGUAUGCAGCUCAUUACGCAGCUUUUGAGCAUCUCGCACCAUCAGUCUGUCAGCGGUCUGACGCCGGCGGACCUCGACAUUCACGGCCUUCCGAAGAGGGAGCAUCGAAGAUGGACGGCGUUGUUCGCGAUACUACGACGUAGAUGGUUCUGGCGCACGUGGGUGGUGCAAGAGGUUGUGUUGAAUCCGAACGUACAAUUCGUCCUCGGCUCGCCUUUGAAUCCAAGCGUCUCCUGGGAUGAGCUCGAGCGAGUCGUGGCACUACUGGAAGGUCCCAUUCCGCGAGAGUGGCAGCUCGACCAAUCCCUCAACGCCUCUGAGCUUCCCUUUUCGCGGAUGAACCGUAUUCGCAUGCGGCAUCAACGGCUCAUCACUACGCCGGUCACGCCUACUGCUCCAGAAAUCAAGUAUGAUAUCGAUACCGACAUGAACAUGGAUUCGGAGAGCGGCUUGAUCGAUGAUCAGGAUGACGACCCUCAACUUCUCGAUCUCCUUCUCAUGUCUCGUAGUCUUGGUGCUACCGAUCCCCGUGACAAGAUUUUUGCUUUGCUCGGGCUGAGCCAACAUAACAUCGAUCCCGACUACUCACUUUCGCCGGAGACUGUCUUUACCCAAUUCGCGCGGCAGACAAUCGCAGCUGUUGAAGAUGUGAAAAAUGGAAGCUCUGAUAUCUCGGUUCGACAUCGAGAGGUGCGACGAGCGAUGAUUCUGAUCUCUUGCGCGGGAAGACAUCACCAAAAACUCGAACUACCUUCUUGGACUCCCGACUGGUCUGUCAAUUUGAACUCACGCCCUCUCGUCUUUGGUCUCGGACGAAAGUUCAAUGCUGGGGGUGACAGACUGGGCCCUUUCCAAGUGAAGGACGACUCUUCACUCCACCUGUGCGGCAAGCUUUUGGAUACCAUCAGGGACGUUGGGAAGGUCAAGCUCAACUUCGAUGCCGGCUUCGGAGACUCGAGACCUCAUCGACUCAUUGAACAAUGGUGGGAUGAAGCGCAGCAAAUCGCCACUCGACGCAUCGUCCAAUCGCCCGGAAGCACGAUGAAUGUGCCAGCAUUCGAAGCGCUUCGGAGAGACCUCUCGCUAUGCAGACAUGGCUACUACGUCGGCGCCGCGGGUACUAGCCAGAACACUAGUAUGUUCGACGACGCUGGCAUCCCCAGCGAACCGAAACACAGCGCCUCGUGUGCUUCUCGGACGCUCACGCUCGGUCCGACGAGAGGUAGAGUCGUGUUCGCUUCUGCUACCGGGUACAUUGGGCUUGCGCCGCAUGGUACCAUGGAGGGAGACUUGAUCUUUGUUGUCAUUGGGGCCGAUGUGCCUUUUGUUUUGCGGCCUUGUGAGCAGGGGUAUGAGUUGAUUGGCGAGGCAUACGUGCAGGGUGCGAUGAGUGGGCAGGUAAUGGAGAGAGAUGACAUUGUUGUGCAAGACAUCUUUCUACGCUAACCGACGGCCUUCUGAAGAUGAGGAAAUGACCAGACCUAACACUCGGAUCCAUGAUAUGACGGACUUAACGACCUAACGAAAUCCAGAGCCCAGCUUGGCACCAACGCCACAUCCUUUCCUUCACCAUCGACUACGUGCGUUCCACGUAACCGACUCAUUCACCAUGUGCCUUUGUCUAAGUGAAAGAAGGCGAUGCAUUCUGCUUUGUCCAUUGUCUUCACUUCUCUUUCAAUCUUGACUGGGACACUUCAUCACCCUUUCAUCUUCGAACAAUGGCAAUAUCUCACACAAAGAAGAGCAAGAAUAAUAUAUGGAGGCAAAACCGCCCUCCACCUCCCCUUUCUUUUCUCUCCACCCGUGCAACCAUUGUCAACCCACACCGCACGGUGUCAACCCCAAC